AUGGCCAAAGAGCGCAUGCCUGGAGCGUACGUCGAGCCGGACUCUGACCAGUAUUCGUCGGUGACUCGUCGAUGAGGGGCCGGCGUCGCGCAGGUGUGAAGUGAGCGUGGUCUCCUGCGAUGGAGGCCCCGGACGGCGACCUGCCACAGAUUCUGUGCCUGCUCCGCGACUCCGUUCCGCUCGACCAGGAGGAUCUCGACGCCUGUUUCGACCCGGAGCGAUUCGGGCGCAAAACGAAUCCGGCCCAGGAGGAGGCGAUCGCCAGUCAGUGGCGGCGAGCCAGCCGUGCCAACCCGCGCCUCUUCAACGGCUCAAAGUUCCGGUACGCGGGCUUGCAGUGGUGCUCCGACCGACCUCAGCUGCAGCUCGGUCUCACCAGUUACCGGGAGCACGUGGGCACCAACCUGCGGGCCGGCCAGCGGCAGCUGCAGCAGGCCGGCGAGGCGGUGCACGGCGACCCGCAGGCGUUCCUGGCCGACCCGCUGGCCGUCGGGGCGGCCCUGCUCACCUCCGAUAACCGUGUGAUCCUCGUGCGGCGGGCUCUCUGGGUCGGGGAGUACCCCGGCCUGGUGGACCGGCCCGGGGGUCACGCCGAGCCGGACGAGCUGCCCCGGCCCAGCUCUGCCGAGGAGAGUCCCGCCGCCGAGGAGCGGCACCGUGCCGCGCUCAGCGAGGUGUUUGAGUCGGUGCGGCGAGAGGUGCGAGAUGAGCUCGGUGUGCCGCUAACACACAUCAGCAGACCGUACCUGGCGGGAGUGCUGCGGGACCGGGGGCUCGGCGGGAGGCCCACCCUCGAGUUCAUACUCAGGUGUUCGCUGCCUUCCACCGACCUGGAGCGUCUCUACAACGAGGGUAAACACUGCGAGGCCGACGAAUCGCUCGGCCUGGUGAUUCUCACACGGGACGAACUCUUCUCCGAGCAGCGUUCGGUGUUCCGAGUGCCCGACCUGGCAGAGCUGUUGGGCGUGGAGUACCCCUGGAGGACAGCGAAGGGAGACAGUGCCAUAGGGGAGGGCGAGGGGAGUGGGGAGGACGCGCGGGACGGGCCGCAGAGUGACGAGGCAGUGACGUCGGUGACGGCGGACAGCUGUGGACCGGCGGUAAAUUGUGAUGUGUCGGGCACGUCAGAAGUGGUGGCGAACUGUGAAUCAGCGGCAUCAUCUUCCCCAGCCCCGGCGGCGGUGACAGCUGAGGUGCCGUGCCAGGACUCUAAGGUACCGCCGGCGGAGUCUAGGGCGGAGCCGCCCCCGCCGGCCGCCAAACCUCGCCAGCAGCCGCCCAAGAAGAGGCGGAGAAACAAGAAGGAUAAGCGCUGCCCGGCGCGACAGGAGAAGGCGGUAGAAGACCCCGCCCCGGAGAAGGAGGCGGAUACAGCAACCAAGGAGAGCACAGAGCCUGUCUCAGACCUGCAGACUGCUGCUGAUCCUCAGACUACGGACGAACCUGCCGUCCAGAGCAGUGAUCCCAAGCCCACAGACUGCCAGAACGCAAAACAGAACCCCAAUGAGGAUCACCAGAAAGAGAAUGCUGAGGACGAGGCAGCGCCUGGGACCGAGCAACCAGUCGCACUCUCGGAAACGCCAGCGGCAGCUGAGGACACAAAACCAUCAGCAGCCUCUGCUGAAGCAGCACCUGACGUUGUGCCGUCCAAAGAACCAUCGUCUCUGCCGCCGUCCACCGCGGAGGACGGCUCUGGCCCUGAAGCGGGUGCGUCUGACGAGGUAGUAGUGGUCCAACAGAACGGUGUCGUGCUCAUAAAGUCCGGCGAAGAGGUCACCGAGACCACAAUGCCAAGUCGAGGCGAGCCCACGGAGACCUCACCACCGAGUCAAAUCGAGACGCACGCCGAGGUGGUGAACAACCCGGAGGGCGCCGAGCCGACAGGAGCCGGAGCAGAGAAGACGCCUGAGGAGUUGGAGCGGGAGAAGAAGGCGCAGCUGUGGAAGCAGAUGACGCCCGGGUGUAAAGCGGCACUGGCGCUGCUGAAGGCGGCCAACCUGAAGGGAUUCGUGUUCAGGUUCUGAGGCGGGAGGGAACGGAUUGGGGUGUGUGCGGGUCGGGUUUGGAUGUCGGGUGGAACACACGAGUGUUAAAUGUCUGAUGGCUGCUGUGUGUGGGCUUGGGUGUGGCGGGAUCAUGUUCACUCAGGAGUUCUGAAGAACAGUUAUCGCAGGAAUCGAUGAUAUUGCUCCAAGGGCACUACAAUUAAUCCGCUAUGACGCGUUUGCUUUUCUUGUAACUCGCCGGACGCGUGACAACGUUUAAACGGGAAAUCUAAUUAUAUCAUCAAAGGAAAGCCAGACAGUAUUACCUAAUCGCCACACUAACUGCGCCUGAGGGUUCGCUUUGAUAUUAACCCUUCCUGGGUACACUAUGACGUCACUCCAGCUGACGUGUGACGUCAGACUCGCUUUGCUCGCGGUCGGGAGGCCGCGCUACAGUACAACACACGUCUUCGUGCGGCCCGCGUGCCGAUAGCCUCGGCGUCGGGUGUGGUUGUUCAAUAAAUAAUGACGGUGUC